AUGCCGAAGGACGCGGUGGUCAUCGUUCGCUACGGGCCGUACAGUGCAGUCGGCCUGUCUGUGGAGUACCGCACCUUCCGCCUGGAGGGCCUGCAAGCUGUGUUGACCAGAGAUGGACACAAGGUCAUCCUAGAGAAGAUAGAAGACUGGAAUGUGGUAGAACUCAUGGUGAACGAAGAAAUCGUCUUCCACUGUAACAUCAAAGACUUGGAGUUUGGAGGUGAUGGUAAACUAGACCCGCUGUGUGAAGAGGCCAGGAUAGCCGUCCUAAAUGCCUACUGAUCUCCUCGUCCGAACAGGCAUCUGAAGUCAACGGAACAGCCACUGCUUCCGGCCCUUCUAUGCAGCAAACAAAAGCAGCUCUAGGUUUUGAAGGCUCUAGCAAUCCAGGUAACGCCAGCCUGUCCUUCAGCCUGCCCGGCACACUGUCUCUCACCUGGCUGCACGGAAGCAGGGCCCA